AUGCCUACGAAAAAGGUCCGUCAGAGCGAACGGCGUAGGUGUGUUAAGGCCUGCGGGAAUUGCAAGCGGCGCAAGGAGCGCUGCGAUGGUCAGCAACCCUGCAGAAGGUGCGUGAUCCGUAGAGUUGAAGGCGAUUGUGCUUUCGCCGGUCUACCAACGAACCUUGCUGCUGCCGACCCUCUGUCUGCGAAAACUCCCGACUGUCGUGGCCUUGACGAAAGCCCAGCCAGCCAAGACCACUUCAGCCCGUACAGACCAGCCGCCUCAUUCCACGAGAAUGGCAUUUCGCAAAGCCAUCGCCAGCGCGCUUGUCCACAAAUCAGCCACCUCUCUCGGUCUGCUGUGGUACCGCAAGUGUCCAGACUCAUAGCAGAUGGGAAAGGCCGCCUUAUGUUCAUUGGCGAUGCAGCCAACUUGGCUUUUUUGAAAGUCAUCCGCCGCCUGGUACGUGACCUUGUAGGAUCAUGUCCCUUUACAGACGAUCCUCUGCGCCAUAUCAUGGUUGAGGCGACCCCAGAAGGACGUUCGAAAUGGAUUAUCACAAACCCGGCAGAUAUCCCGGCGAAGCCCAGUGAUGAACAGGCAAGAUACCUGCUGCGUUGGUAUUUGCGAGCAACCAACUGUAUUCUUGAUAUCUUUGACGAGGCGAUGCUUCGAAAGGACCUUGAAAACUGGUUGCGCGGAGACCCCGCUAGUCAGGACGAAGAGGCAAUGAGCUGCAUCUUCUUUCUUGCACUUGGCAUUGGAGCACAACGCUGCCCUGAAGAUCGAGAUGCUGAUUCUGAGAAAUAUUUCCAUUACGGGCGGUUUCUGGCCGUCUCGUACUUGAUGGAGAACCCGACAUACAACACAGUGCGCAGCUAUGUCCUCAUCACCAUCUACCUCCUCGGUGCAUCGCGGCGAAACUCGGCUUUCAUGCACUUGGGCGUCGCUGUCCGCGCCGCGUAUACGCUGGGUAUUCACCGGAAAGACAAUCCCACGCUAUUCUCGGCGCAAGAGCAAGAUACUCGGGAGCGGUUAUGGAGAGCCCUCCGUGUCCUCGACUUAUUCUUGAGCGUCUCCCUGGGUCGUCCACUGGCCACUUCUGAGACCCGUGAUACGGCGGGCACGGAAGAUUACUCGGCUUCCCUGGAUCUCUGCGCCAUCCUUGAGUCCAUUCUCAACGACGUCUACGCCAAGCGUAUGGUAUCGACCGAUGCUCUAGAGCGAAUCAGUGAGCAACAUCGCCGCUGGGCUGCAAAAUUCAGCGGUAGUCUUGCUGCUGAUGGUGUAAACACGAACGACCCCAUCGAUGUAGAAGACGAAACAUAUCCCAACAUGGGGCUUUACUACAUGAAGGAAGCAUACUACUGGAGCAUAAUGCUCCUUUCACGGCCGUUUCUCAUCGACUUUGUUUCGAGAAACGUUGCGCGGUCUCAGUCACCAUCAACGUGGAGUUAUGACAACCCGUUCUGCUCAUCGCCGUCGGAUCAGCUUCUUGUGUAUGCUUGCGUGGACUCGGCAAUUCGCACAGUUGAACUUCUGGCCGAUCUCAUUCCAGAUACGACUGUUGCUAAACGGCACCCCUUCCUGGUUAACUCCGUAUUUGUAUCAGCACUAGUCCUUGGGCUAGCAGUUUUCGGUGACUUAGACAGCACCUUUCCCUUGGAUCAUGGGUUGAAUGACGCACAGGCGCUUCUACGCAAGUUCAGCAGACAAGACCCUGUUGCAAACAGAGAGCUCUCAAUCGUGGAACAUCUUCAGAGCGCUUGCGCGCUUCACAGGGAAAAAAGAGUCCGAAAAAAGAUGGAGUUCCAAAGAAUGCUCGUUGGCGAGUUGUUUGGCAGCCUCCGCGAAGGAGUCUUGUCAACAGAAACAUCCAGGUUUGAGCCGAGCCUUUGCCCUCGAGUCAAUGGAAAUUCCAGGGACACAGCAAUUACCCAUUCAGAGGCGGUAGAGACAAGCAGCAUGAGUCAAAGUGGCUCGUUAUCGACUGGAAUCCAGACACUUACGCCGUCGACGAAUAUCUUGAUACCGAUCUCACCCAGAACCCUACUCUUCGAUUCGUAUGGACAAGAUAUGCCAUUCUUCCCCACCAUGGAUGCUAGCAUGGCGCAUCUAAGUUACGCGGAUGAUAUGAUGCUUGAUGCUGUGGACCAGACUAAGUCCAAGGGGUUCCAGAUCGGUGGCUUCGCCGGUCUGCAACAAUACUUCAAUAUGAUCACCGAAGGCGACUAUAUCUUCCCCAAGCUAAAGCAGCUGGUAGAAGUUGCCGUCAAGUACACAGACGAGGGCGAGAAGCUGUUUAAGGUUGCUCUAAUAAGCCAGCAAUCGACACAUGCCUAUGUACAAUAAGCAGCCACUCUUCUUGGCGAUACACAUAUCACUGGUGGCAACAGAG